AUGCAGAGAGGAGGCUUAGGGGAGCGGGGAAGGGAGGGUGGCGGGAAGCGGCGGGGUGCGCCCGUCAUCUCCUCGGGACAGCGACCCUACGUCUCUCACCCGCCAGAGAGGAAAUCACUUGGAACCUUCUCCCAUUCAUACACAGGUUUUUGCCACACCUGCCUCCCCCUCCCUGACAGCGGCCUACAAGUCCCAGGCUGCCUCGCGGGGCGGCGUCACUCCCCUCGCGUCCCCCCCUCUCCCUUGGACAGAGUGAAUAAAGGUUCCGUUGUGGGCUCACUGCGGGCUGGUCUGUUAUCGUCUGCGGGUGACGGAAGCCCGGGGGUGGGUGGGCGGCGUGCAGCCGGUGGGCGGGCGGGCUGGGGCGUAGCGAGGCUGGGGCUCUCCCUUCUCUCCACAUUGGGGGGCGGGCAGAAGGGAGGCGGGAGGCCGGGCGGGCCGGCGGCCUGGGGCCGAGCCGCGAAGACGGAGCGGUCGGAGGAGAUGGAGGGCGGCGGCGGCGCCGGCAGCGGGGGUGGGACGGCCCUGCGCGGGAGCGGCCCGGCCUCGGGCCCCGGCCCCGGCCCCGGCGGCGGCGGCGGCAUCGGGCUGGCUCGGGAGCUGGGCCGGGCCUUCGCCCACCACCGCCUCUACCUGAAUCGGCUGCAACAGAACCUGAGCGAGACCCAAAAGUUCUUUGGCGACAUCCAGUGCUCCUACCACUGCAGCUUCCCCCCUUUGUCCCCAGUCCCGGGCGGCGAUGUCUCCGCGGGGCACUUGAGCUGCAUUUCCUUCCCGCCCCAUGAAGAAGAGUGCCUCCAGUUGAUGGUGAACUGCCUUCCCUGUAUCUUCAUCCUGGGCCAGGACUGUAAUGCUAAGUGCCAGCUGCUGAACACGUUACUGGGGGAGCGGAUACUGCCCACCACCAAGCGGGGCAGUGAGGACAGCUGUAAGCGACGGCGCCUCCACUUCACUAAUGGGAAUCAGACUCGGGUCAGCCUGGCACUACCUGGCCAGUAUGAACCAGUGCACACUGUGGCCUCCCAUCAGGGCAAGUGGGAAACCAUUCCUGAGGAGGACCUGGAGGUUCAUGAGGACAGUGGGGACCCUGCCCACAUCUUGGCAGAAUUGGAGGUGACAAUACACCAUGUUUUAUUACAGGAAGUGGACAUCGUGGUUUUGCCGUGCCGUGGGUUCCAGCCCCCAGUGGAUACUCUAGGUGAGUUAGUGAAUGGUGUCCUGCCUGUGGUGAUCUUUGCCAUCAACAAGGAUGAACUCUCAGAAGGAGAUGAGGAAGAACUGAGAGCCAUCCAGGAACGGCUUUCUCUGCCUAUAUUCUUUUUCAAAGUGCCAAAGCUGGGCUCUGAGCUGAUUUCCCCCAAGAGAAGAAUGGAGACUGAAAGAUCAUCACUUCACCGACAGCUAGUUGACCUGAACUACCUGAAUGAUAGUCACCAUAACUGUGGGACCCUUGGCCUAAAUGCCAAAGCUCAGAGCAUGUUGGUGGAACAGAGUGAUAAGCUAAGACAACUGAACACAUUCACUCAUCAGGUGCUACAAACGCACCUUGUCGAUGCAGCCACGAUUCUGAACCUGGUGCACUGCCGGUGCCUGGAUAUCUUUAUUAACCAGGCCUUUGACAUGCAGCGGGACCUGCAGAUCACUCCCAAGCGGCUCGAGUACACUCGAAAGAAGGAAAAUGAGUUGUAUGAAUCACUGAUGAACAUUGCCAACCGCAAGCAGGAGGAGAUGAAGGAUAUGAUCGUGGAGACUCUCAAUAUCAUGAAGGAAGACCUUCUGGAAGACGCUGCCAACAUGGAGUUCAAAGAUGUCAUCAUCCCUGAGAAUGGGGAGCCAGUGGGCACCAGAGAGAUAAAAUGCUGCAUCCGUCAGAUUCAGGAACUCAUCAUCUCUCAGCUUAACCAGGCUGUGGCCAAUAAGUUGAUCAGCUCAGUGGACUAUCUUCGUGAGAGCUUUGUGGGAACCCUGGAACGGUGUCUGCAGAGCCUAGAAAAGUCCCAAGAUAUUUCAGUCCACAUCACUAGUAACUAUCUCAAACAGAUCUUAAAUGCUGCCUAUCAUGUUGAAGUUACAUUUCACUCAGGGUCAACAGUAACCAGGAUGCUGUGGGAGCAGAUCAAACAGAUUAUCCAGCGAAUCACAUGGGUGAGUCCACCUGCUGUUACUCCAGAGUGGAAGAGGAAGGUGGCCCAGGAUGCCAUUGAGAGUCUCAGUGCCUCCAAGCUGGCCAAGAGCAUUUGCAGCCAGUUCCGGACCCGGCUUAAUAGCUCUCAUGAGGCAUUUGCAGCCUCCCUGCGGCAGUUGGAAGCUGGUCAUUCAGGCCGGCUAGAGAAAACUGAAGACCUGUGGUUGAAAGUUCGGAAAGAUCACGCCCCCCGCUUGGCCCGUCUGUCCCUGGAGAGCCGCUCCCUGCAGGACGUCUUGUUGCAUCGUAAACCUAAACUGGGCCAGGAGUUAGGCCGGGGACAGUAUGGUGUGGUGUACCUGUGUGACAACUGGGGAGGCCAUUUCCCCUGUGCCCUAAAGUCCGUUGUCCCUCCAGAUGAGAAGCACUGGAACGAUUUGGCAUUGGAGUUUCACUAUAUGAGGUCUCUGCCCAAGCAUGAGCGUCUGGUGGAUCUUCACGGUUCCGUCAUCGACUACAACUACGGCGGUGGCUCCAGUAUUGCGGUGCUGCUCAUCAUGGAGCGGCUACACCGGGACCUUUACACAGGGCUGAAGGCCGGGCUGAUUCUGGAGCUGCGCCUGCAGAUAGCUUUGGAUGUAGUGGAGGGAAUUCGCUUUCUACAUAGCCAGGGGCUUGUCCAUCGUGACAUCAAACUAAAAAAUGUGCUGCUUGACAAGCAGAACCGAGCCAAGAUCACUGACCUGGGUUUUUGCAAGCCUGAGGCUAUGAUGUCUGGCAGCAUUGUGGGUACCCCAAUCCAUAUGGCCCCAGAGCUCUUCACAGGGAAGUAUGACAAUUCUGUGGAUGUCUAUGCUUUUGGGAUUCUCUUCUGGUAUAUCUGCUCAGGCUCCGUAAAGCUCCCUGAAGCAUUUGAAAGGUGUGCCAGCAAGGACCACCUCUGGAACAAUGUGCGCAGAGGAGCCCGUCCAGAGCGACUCCCAGUGUUUGAUGAGGAGUGCUGGCAGCUGAUGGAAGCCUGUUGGGAUGGUGAUCCCUCCCGGCGGCCUCUCCUUGGCAUUGUUCAGCCCAUGCUCCAGGGUAUCAUGGACCGGUUGUGCAAGUCAAACUCCGAGCAACCAAGCAGAGGACUGGAUGAUUCUACUUGAAGGCUCUUUCUCUGUCUCAUUCUCCCACCCUCUCUCUUCCUCUUUCUUUUGUUUUUAAACUCCCUGGUUGUAGGAAGAACUUGGCGUUGUAUACAUCGUAGGAAGCACCUGAGGGUACUGUUUUUGACUGUGUAACUUGAGACGACCUCAAACUGUGGUGACUUCAGUCAGCUGUGAGAAGUUGGAUUGUUGUCCCACCAUAUUUGUUCAUUCUGUAUUCACCAAUGGUCCAAGCUGUCUCUUUGGGGAAAAAGACUAGUCAUCUAGGUCACAGAAAAAAGCUGAAGAGUGGGAGAUUUGGCCUUCAGAGCCAGAGCAAAUCCCACCUCCUCAUUUCAAAGAUGCAUGAAUUUUUCCAAAGUACUGACUGGAUGGGGUAUUGUGAUAUCAGUAAUAUGAAGAGAUAUCAUCUGGCUGACUUUUGUUCUGUCAGGGUUAAUUAGUUUGGUUCCAUCCAGUGGUCAGAAUAGAACCUCAGAAAUGUCAAGUUUAGGUGAUGGAAUUUGGGGAGAGGAAAGGUGAGAGAGGGCCGGAGGGAGAAAGAGAAUUCUGUAGAGAUGUGUUUGGUUCCUGCUGACUGUAACCAGAGCUUCUUGCCUGCAGUGGCAUGAAGCCUCGAGUUUGUGUGGCUGUAAAUAAAGUCAGCAGUGCUCUUUGCAUUGCCAGAUAUGUUUACAUUUGGGGAGAAGGUUUUACCCUUAUACCCAGUUUAAAAUGUUUGGGUGAGACCCAAGAAAUAAGAAACACCCUGGAGGGAAUUGGCUCUUAUGGGGGUUACCUGUGUUCAGACCCCCUAGAAAGAUAACCGGUUUGUGUUUUUCAAUGUUUGUAAAACAAAUCUUUCUUUUUAUUUUUUGAACCUAACACACUGACAUUUUUAAAUCCUGCUUAUUAUCAGACAUUUUAACCGAGCUUCCUUCUACUUUUUGUUCUUCUCUCUGUCUUUUAAAUAUCAUUUGCUAGAAGACAAAAUAGUGGAUGAGAAAGAAAAGAGCACUGUAGCAAGUCCAUGAGUGUGCACAAUUACUGCAUCUAUCUUGUCUGAUUAGGAGGGUCACUCCUUGUUUUGCAGUUGGCAGUGGAACAUAGAAAUGUCCUUGGGGAGUCUUCACACAGAGGAGGUUAAGGGGAAGAUAUCUGGUUCUGGUAUGUGAGGGACUCUAUGGUCAUCUCAGUUCUGGACCUCAGCGUAUCAGCUACCCAACUCUCUCUUUUAAAGAAGAAGAGUAAAGAGAGGACAGAAUUGACAGGGUUGGUUGGCUGGGAUGAGAAGCUUCCACCUGUCACUCCCUGUGUUACAGCUGUAAUCUGCUGUUCCUAAAGUGUCUGGAACACAUUGCAACCAGGAUCCUUCCAGUUGGAAGUACAGAAUGAACGUUGCAUUUGUUGCUGGAAUUUUCUAGGCAGAAAGAUUGUCUUGACUAUUAACAUGCAGCAAAAGGAGAGUGUUAGAACCUAGGGUUUGAAGUCUGGCCUGAUUGACUCUUUAGCUAUCCUGAGCAGAAGUUCCAAUUAUAAUCAAGAACUUUCAGUUGCAAUUGAAGACAUAGCCAGCCAUUUAUCUUUGAGUCCUUAGGCAUCACAUUCCUUGUAGUGGACUAUCUAGUGCAGCUCUUCCUAGCUAAGAAAAUGCCUUAGGGGGGACAGCUAGGUGGCACAGUGGAUAGAGCUCCAACUUUGGAGUCAGGAAGACCUGAGUUCAAAUC